AUGCAGGGCCUCGACUCCUGUCCGCCUGCUUUUCUCGACAAGAAGAAAAAGAUUCUCGAGCAGCUCUCUGUUCCAAACACUGAGUACACGGAUGCUUCACCAAAAGGCUCUGUAGAUGAGGGGAUCCGGGACCUCAUUGACGAGAUCAAUCAGUCGACAGGGUUUGUAACGACGAGCAGUUGCGCGGGACGAGUCAGUGUCUUUCUCGAGGGUCGAAGGGUUGCCGAGACCGAUGGAGAGGAUGGUCAAGUAGCGGGUGUUGGUGGAAAAGGCGCAGGAGGAACAUGGUUAUUCGUCUCUCAUGAUCCGGUGCCUGAUGAUGGGGAUGAGAACAAGGACUGGAGCAGUACAUUGGGGCUUGAGGACUCAAAUGCAGUUCAGCAUGUGACUGGCACGGUCAAAGAGAGGAGACUCAUUCAUUUCAAGUUCGAGGCCAUGAUCCUCCACGUCCUCACGGCAUCAUCAGAACAUGCCCAGCUCCUCCUCAAGUGCGCCUUUCAGGCCGGCUUCCGCGAGUCUGGCGCUCUCAACAUCAUCCCGAGCGGCAAGGAUGCUGCUACUCCCAUGGUAGCCAUUCGCACAAUGGGUCUCGCCUUUGAGUCUCUCGUCGGACACCAGGUUGAUGGUCACCAUCUGCGUCUGGUAUCACCUGAGUAUCUUAGAACACUCAUUAACAUCGCCAAUGAGCGCUUUGCUGAGAAUACAAAACGCAUUGGACGGUUCCGGGAUGCCUUCCGGGAGGCCGUAUCUGCCCCGGCUCCGCGUCGGAAUCCGGAGGGGGAAGAGUGGGAGGAUGCGGCGGCGAGACGAGAGAGGAAGCGUACCGAAGGCCUCCGGCGGAAGGCCGAGCUCCAGAAGAAGCGUGAAGUAGACGGUUCAGUGGAAGACGAUAUACCUGGCGGGGUUGAGGGUCAGGAGCAGACAGGCCUGCUCAGCGGGUUAUGA